AUGCAGACUGGCGAGGAAGAUGCCGAGGCCUCCCCAGAGACGUUCCUGCUGGCCCGAAUAGGCACCUUCCGCUCAUGCUUCCCAGCCGCGUUCGGCUGUCCUCGGCAGGGUCUUGCUGCGCCAACAUCUCGUGGCCAAAUCAAGCUGGCAGACUGGUUGACAACUUCAGGGGGAGGUGGACAAUACCUUGAGGGUUUGGAGGCGUUCUCGCACGUCUGGGUCAUUUUCCUCUUUGACCAGAACAAGCAUAGCAAAACGUCGUUUGACCCUGCCUGCUCGUUCUUGAAGCCAACUGUCCGACCACCAUGGUUGGCAGGGGACGAUGGUCGCCGAGCGAAGCGAGGUGUCUUCGCGACCCGAUCUCCACACCGUCCAAAUCCCGUUGGACUGACCCUGUGUCGGUUGGACUGGAUUGACCAGGUCAAUGGCGCAAUCUACAUCAGUGGUGUUGAUGUGGUCAACGGAUCAGCAGUGCUGGACAUCAAGCCGUACCAUCCCGUCGAAUCCUUCGGCCGCGACUUGCAAUCCAGUGCAAAAGUGGAGACAGAGGAGAUCCACUUUGCGGACUGGCUACCAAAACCUCAGCCUUGCAUCGACAUUUCAUGGAGCGAUGCGGCACUCACAGAGCUGCAUGAAUUACAGGAGCACUGCAGGUUCUAUCCAGAUGAUCGUGACCGUCGUUCGAACCUGGAGUUUCCUUCUUCAACUUCUUCGAAGCUCAUCCGGCUUGCCAUUGAUGAGGCGUUGGGCCUGGAUCCAAGGCCGCCUCAGUCUCGCAGCCGUCCUCACCAGGGACGUGACGAUACAACCCAUCUGUAUUGGGCAAUGGACUUCGAUGGUCUCAGCAUUGCCUUCCGCCUACUGCCAGGCACGAAGUUUGAGGUUGUGCAGGUGCGCCGCAGAAGUUUCGAUCGCUGCAAGUCGAAGGAAUGGCUGAAGGAGCUACAAGCAAGUCUUGAGGCGAACGGCCACGCUUACGAGCAUAGGUCCUUUCGCUUCCAUGCUCGGCUCUACGACCUGCGGUGCACGGGAUGUUCAAGCCCGCAGCACGGGGCUAAGAGCACGGUGUCUGGUCAUGCCUGGGCUGUGUACGGACGAAGGCUCUGGCACGUGUACCUGCACAAUCGCUUCGACAUCUGCGAGGGGUGGGUGGAGCAGGAGCAGGUCUGGGCGGUGCUCCAAGGCGGCAAGUCGAGCACUCUUUGUGGAGCGGUUUUCCAGUUUUGGGAUGUUCGCGUCGGAGCAGGUCCGAAGCCCUGCCCGACUCCGUCCAGCCUUUCCGACAUAGUUGCACAUGGCAUGCUAGCUUCCAGACAGUUUCACGCACAUGGCAGGUGCUUUUAUGUCACUGGUGCAGUGGAGGCGGACAAGGGUGUGGAAAAGGAAUUGUCCAGAAACAAGAGCCUGCAAGCAAAUGGAGACUCUGAGGAUCUGCAGAGAGGUCGCGGUGCAGAAUCUCGAAAUCGGGGUGCCACCACGGCAACGACGGUGUGA